UUAUUGUCAAUGCAGAAUAGUAGUUUUCUAUAAUUUAGAAGAGGGUCUUUCGGCGAUUUGAUCAUAUGUUAUUGAAAAGCAUGAUAAAUGCAGGGUAUCUUUUUCAUUUAACGACAUCUUGGUGAAAAUAGUGUUGGAAGAUCUGGAGGGUCACUAAAAUCUUAUUAACUAAUUUGGCUCGUCUAGUCUCAAUUAAAAUAGUUAACAAUGUUUUAUAACCACAUUGUAAAAUAUAGGACCUUUAUUUGACAUCAACCAAUUACAUUUUGGUCAUCGAAAGAUUUAAAAUUAUAGUAAAUUUAGAUAAUAUAUCAGAAACAAAACCGGACCUCUUAGUUCUUAGUGAUGGGCAUUAAAGUAGAAAAUUGAUUUCAUCUUCAACGACUUCAUUGUCACAAGUUACAUUUUUUUUGGUCUGAAAGAAUAAAAUUGUGACAGAGACAUACAAUGCAUGUAUUAUAUAUUUCUGGUUGUGUUUACCCUUUCAAGUCUAUUCAAGGUCAGGGGCACUACUUCUAAAUUUGAUUAACUCAAAUAGGGUCUUACAAUUUCAAGCCUAUAAGUUCUUAAUUUUUUUCCUUGCACCAUAUCAGGUUUAUCAUUAUUUAAUUGGUUAAACCAUUAGUCCAUUAAUCAUUUUAAAAUAAUGGGCUUCUGGUUAAACCAAAUAUUAUCACAUCACAAGUUAAUUUUCGGUCUCUCUAUGAUAAUUGAUUUCAUAUUUGACUUGUAAUUUAGCAAGUAUGUUUGUGCAAGAAUUAGUAUAAUAAGACUUACUUUAUACAAAUUAUUGGUUAUAUAUGAUAGCCGGUGACGUUUCCGGAUUUUUAUCAUUUCUGUUCAGUCGUUGACUUUUUUGCACCUGUAGUCUGGUUUCCUUGCGUGUAUGCAUUAUUACUAUUGUGCCUUACACUCUACUGGGAAAGUGCAAAACAAAUUACCUGAAAAUGGCGUCGACCGUUAGCGGGAGCACAGCUUUUACUACCCAAGCAGAUCCAGACACAGGGACGUUCCAGCGACGCUUAGGCGAUGUAUCGACUUUCUUUUUUGAUUCGGAGGAGGGGAAAAUUCUUGGCAAAACUUUUAAACAAUGGAUUUUUGGUGCCAUAUUUUACCUGACAUUUUACGCUGGUAUUAUUGCUUUCAUGCUUGCCUGUGGUGCUGUUGUCUACCAAACAUUAAACUGGAAUAUGCCAAGACUUCAAGGACAAGACAGUCUACUACAGCAAAAUCCAUCACUAGGUUUCCGUCCUGUCCCAAGUGUUGACAUGACAUUAAUAAGGUUCAUCAAGGCAGAUCCAACGUCAUAUUCACCCCUGACAGACAACUUGGAGGCAUAUUUACAAUUUUAUGAAAAUCAAAACCAAGUAACUGAUACAGGAGUUAUGGUAGAUUGUAAAACAUACAACAAAAGACGACCACAAACAGAAUGGGACAAAGCAUGUAGAUAUGAACUUAACAAUCUUGGUCCAGAUUGUAUUAAACAACAAGCAUUUGGAAUGGAUGAUGGAAUGCCUUGUAUUUUAUUAAAGUUAAACAGGGUUUUUGAUUGGCACCCUGAGGAUUAUCACAAUGGUACUGAAAUUCCAGCAGAGAUUCAAGACACUUAUGCCCCAUACAAUGUUCACCUGAAAUGUUUUGGUGUGACACCAGCUGAUCAGGACAACAUUGGUGACUUUGAAUACCAUCCCCCAGAAGGUUUCCACUUCAAGUAUUUUCCAUUUCGUAAUCAGCAAGGAUACAGAUCACCCUUGGUAUUUGUCCGCUUUAUGAACCCAGCACCAAAUAUACUGAUAAUGGUAGAAUGCAGAGCUUAUGCCAAAAACAUUAGACAAAAUAGUGUAGAGCGAGCCGGAGUUGUGAGAUUUGAAUUACUUGUUGACUAAAAUCAUGAUAGCGCAAUGCAAUUAAGCAAGUUAUCAGUGCUUUAUUGGGUGGGACAUUCAACAUUCCAUAAACUUUGCAUAUUUGGAUAGAUACAUUUUUUCAACAGAAUUGUUAGUGAUUUGUAUUUAAUCAUGUCUUCCAUCUGUAAUCUUGUGAGGAGCAUAUACUGGUAGGGUUUGUCAAAUCUUUCUUUGUGUUCGAUGUAGCUUUUUGUUUUGGUCUUAGUGGGAGAUUUGAAAAGGUAUUUUUAAAAGUGAUAUAAUGCAUCAGCAUCACUAAUUAUUGCUUUUUUUUAAAUAUUUAACUGAAGUAAACUAAUUUUGUUAGGAAUAUAUCUAUCUGAAGUUAUUCUCAUUAAUUUUUUACCCCAUUUUUUUUUCACUGGGUGGUAUUGCGGUAUAAAAUCAUUAGUUAUAAAAAUGUAUUCUCAGAUCGGUUUAGAAAUAAUAAGAUAUGUCUUUCUUAAUGACAGGACUUAAAUAUCUUAUACUGAUUUCUCAGGUAAUUAUUUAAGUUAUGCCAUAAUGGUAAUUAACUGUUUUCAUUAAGUAAAAUAUGUAUUCUGAAUCAUCAUACAAGAUAUCCCCAUUCCAUCCUGUUCUCACUUGGGUGAAAGUUGCCGAUUUGUGUAAUUGAUACACGUUUAUGUACAAAACUUUCCAUGUAAUGUAAAUAAAUUUAUACAUAAAUUUUAUAUCAUAUGAUUAGAGAAAUAUUCAUAUGUAUUAAAUGAUUGUUUUGUAAGUUUUAUACCAGUUGUCUUUCUUUUUUAUGGUUGUGUAAUUAAUAUUUACAUUUAAAAUUUCAAAAAACUAUAAAGAAGAAAUGAGGGGUACCUUGAUCUGAUUUUUUUAAGAAAUCGUUUUACAAUUUAACAUAUAAAAGUUUAUAGAAAAUCGUUUUUCACUUGCAACAAGUUGUUUUUAUUAUAUUUACAUAUCAAAGACUUUUUGACCAACAUUGAUGUUAAUUUUUAAUUUGACAGAUUUCAAAUAUGUGUGGAGGACUGCUUCUACUAUUUAUCUUAUUUAAUCUUGGUUCAUCAACAUUUUGCUUCUUCUUUUUGUCGAGCGUUUCGACUUUUGUUGAAAAAGUGAGACAUAGCGAUCCUACAUUCCGUCGUUGUCGUCGGCGGCGGCGUCCACAAAUAUUCACUCUGUGGUUAAAGUUUUUGAAAUUUUAAUAACUUUCUUAAACUAUCCUGGAUUUCUACCAAACUUGGACAGGAGCUUGUUUAUGAUCAUAAGAUAAUAUCCAAAAGCAAAUUUUGUAAAAACAAAUUCAAUUUUUUCCGUAUUUUACUUAUAAAUGGACUUAGUUUUUCUGCCAGGAAACAUUACAUUCACUCUGUGGUUAAAGUUUUUGAAAUUUUAAUAACUUUCUUCAACUCUCCUGGAUUUCUACCAAACUUGGAAAGAAGCUUGUUUAUGUUCAUAAGAUAGUAUCCAGAAGUAAAUUUUGUAAAAAAAAAUAAAUUUUUCAGUAUUUUACUUAUAAAUGGACUUAGUUUUUCUGCCAGUUAACAUUACAUUCACUCUGUGGUUAAAGUUUUUAAAAUUUUAACAACUUUUUUAAACUAUCUUGGAUUUGUACCAAACUUGGACAGAAGCUUGUUUAUGAUUAAAAGCUAGUAUCUAGAAGGAUAUUUUGUUAAAAUUUUGUUCCAUUUUUUCCUUAUUUUACUUAUAAAUGGACUUAGUUUUUCUUCCAGUUAACAUUACAUACAGUCUACAGUUUAAGUUUUUAAAACAUUUAUUAGAUUCAUAAACUAUCCUGGAUUUUUACCAAACAUGGCCAGAAGCUACUUACAACUGAAAGAUAGUAUAGAGAGGAAUAUUUUUAUUAAUUUUUUUCCUCAUUUUUGUUGAGCCUGCGAUUAACAGCAAAAGUAGGGGAGACACUGGGUUCUGCGGAACCCUUAUGAAUUUUUUUAUAUAACGUUUAGGUUAAUGAAUCUUAAUGUAUACAUAUAUUAUAAUAGUUCUACAAUAUGUUUCCAGUAAGGAUAAUAAGUCACCCUAUCAGAAACUGUUUUUGUGUAGCUUCUUAAGAAGAAGGUACACAGUUAUAGCUAUCCACUUUCUGCUUCAUCACCAUACUUUUAUUAAUCUGCGACUCCUCCUUCACCAACUAUUUUAAAAUUAUGAAAUCUUAUAUUUAUAACUUUUAUAAUUACAAUUUUUAAUUUUUCACAGUUAAAAUCUAAGGUCAGUUAAACUUAUAAGCACAAGUGUGUGUUGUCUGGUCCUUGAGUUUAUUUUUAAAUGUAGAAGUAAGAUGUCCUAAACUAACCAUGUCGAGAUUUUUCUUGAGCAUUGUACAUGUAUGUUUGUGCCAUAGCUUCAGUAUGACAGUACAGUACCUUGGUUAAAUGUUGUGAAUAAAAUAUACAUUCCAUUUGUUUAUCAAUUGUUGAAUACCAUAAAUUAUACAAAUUACAAGAUUUAUUGUUAUUUAUUGUAAUUUUUGUUAUCAUGGACAUUAUUUGUAAUAUGGAAGUUUAUUUUGACAGUCAGAAAUCUAUAAUCUCUAUCAAUCAUGGUAAUAACCUAAGAACUGCCUUUUAUAUUUUGUCUUUAUUUUGAUUGAAAAUAUGCUAACUGAUGUAGAUUUUUGUCUCAAUAUUUUUCAGAUUUUAGAUUUUUGUCUCAAUAUUUUUCAGAGUUUAAGGAAAAUUUUCAUUUUAGUAUUUUACUUUCAACAAUAAUUCAAUAACACCAUGUAGUGUAAAAUACGUGCAAGUAUAUAAUGUCUUAAGAAAAAAAAAUUGGAAACGUUAGAUAUCCUUAAUCCUGACAGGGUAGUGCUAGAGAAGGACAAGUUUUGGACAAAAGUAGUCAAGAAUUUAUCUAUUUUGUAUUUAUUAUGACUACACUUUUGACUCUUUAAAGUAGAUUGAUACUAAUACUUAUAAAUAUAUAUUUCCAUGUAAAAAGGUGGUUUUGUUUUACUUGUUAUCAAGAAACAAAACAAGAGUUUUCCCCCUUUGAUUUGUAUGGAAGGAAUCAUUGCAUAUUGAUUGUUCUUAUGUGCAAAAGAGAAAACAACAUUAUUUAUGUAUGUAGAUUUUUUGUUGGAAAAUAAACAAGCGUGAGAGUAUCCAUUUCUAUACUGUUGACAUUCAUCGGAACAGAGAAAGUGGAAAUACCCUUACACUUUUUUUUUUACCUCAAACAAAACUAGGAACAGGUAAUUGUACAUAUUCUUGAAGCUUUAUAACUUGUACAUAGCAUAUUUCAUCAAUGUAUAUUAAUCAAAACAAAUACAGCCAAGUAAAAGAUUUUUUAUUCAUAGCAAUUAUAUUUUUUAUCAAUAUGUAAAUAAAAUCACUUAUCAGUA